CCGUAUUCAAAACUGGCUGAACGAGGUGUCAGAGGAGAAACAGCGCCGUUGUGAUUCUAUUGAGUGUGACUUUAUUGAAACAUACCUGAAAUGGCAUCUAAAAAUAUUGUUUCCAAAUUGGGUCUAAAGUUGGGUAACUCCAAAUCAGAGCAAGAUCUUGAAAAGCUCAGGAGUGAAAAUGCUACCCUAAAGAAAACUCUGGAUGAUCUUACACAAGGCAGAAGCAACUUAAAUAAUUUGGAACAAAAACAACUUUUAGAGAAAAUUUACAGUCUUGAGAAAUUAAAUGAGAAAAAUAUUCAGCAGCUUGCUUCUAAGGAAAAGGAAAUAUUAACAUUUAGGCAACAACUUAAACAACAAAGUAAUGAUGAAGUAACCAGGUUACGGGCCCAAGUAAAGGAAAAUAAAAGAGAAUUGGAAAGGAGAGAGCAGUUGUAUCUGGCCCUCAAGGAAGAAAAUGAAAAUCAGAAAAAGAAAUAUCAGAAUCUUGGUCAGAAAAAUGCAAAACAAGAAUUAUCUUCUCAGAAUGACCAAAAUGGAAUUAAUCCUACACCAUGUGAAAUUACUGUCAUUCAAGAGCAGCUAAAAGAUGCACUUGAAAAGAACCAGCAGUGGUUGGUUUAUGAUCAGCAGCGUGAGACCUAUGUUAAGGGUUUGUUGGCAAGGAUCUGUGAAUUGGAGAAGCAGUUAAGUCAAGCCAAUGUCACUGUUCAACUACAGAAUAAAGAAGCCAAUUCAGAAGAAAAGACUGCUGUUGAAAACCAUGGUGAAGCUUUAUCCGUUGCCAGAAAAGAGAUAUUGGUACAGAAUGAGGCCAUUAUGAAACUGCAAAUGGAAAUAUCUGAAUUAAGAAAAAGAUGUGAUGAAAAAUGUGAAGACAUAAAGAGUCUCAACCAGAAAAUACAGACAGAAAUGGCAAAUAAUAAACUUUAUGCUGAUGAGAAGAAGCGUUUAAUUGAUAAGGCACAUAAGCUGAAAAAUGAGCUAGCAAAUGUCAAAGAUAACUAUGAGGAGGAGCGGAAAAAGUCUUUGGACCUUUCAUUACAGGUUAGCUUUCUCCAGAAGUCACUGUUAUGCCAGCAGGAGGAGCAAAAGAGGAUUGCUGCCUUAGAGCAACAGAUCCAGAUAUCAUCCAAAGACUUUGAAAUUGAAAAACUUGAUCGACAGAGUCUACAGCAGCAACUGCACACAGUUGUGCAGGAGCUACGUAAAGCAAGAGAACAAAUAACAAGAUUGGAAACCAUGAAACAGUUGAAAGAAUGUCGCCUUUCUGAACCAAGCUCUUACACAAGACAGGGAUAUGACCGACAAGACCAAGCUUUUCCCCGUGUUUCUUCUACCAAGAUCUCCAGUGUUCUUGAUGAAAGCUUUCUAGAAUGUCCCAGAUGUAAAGUACAGUAUCCAACUAGUCAACAUCGUGAAUUAUUGCAGCACAUUGAUUUUUGCUCAGAGUGGAAUUAGUGAAGACGCUGAAUAUUGCAGACAUGUAUUAUAUUUUCUAAUGGAUUGUUUGUACCAAUUUGCUUUACUACUGUUUUCCUUUUUGCACUCCUGUAAAGCUUAAUAUAGGUUUUUUCAAUACUCCAGCACAUUUUAAUUUUUUUCAGUUUUGUUUUUUAAAAAAAUAUUUACAGAUAACUACCUUUCUUUGAAAAUUGGAUUACUACUGAAUAUUAAAGACAUAAUUUAAGUUAAAAAAAGUAAUAUAUGCGAAAUCUGUAAUAUGCUAAAUCUUAUGUUAGACAUCUUUAAAUUUCUAAGGGAGUAUACUAUGUAAAAUAAAAUUCAAGCACAACCUAUGUUUUCAGGUCAUGUCCUGGUAUGAGGGAAAGUAUUUUUGACGAACUUUAAACAUUCCUUUAUAAGAAAUAAGUUACUGAAAGUAGACCGCUAUAUUUAAGUAAUUCCAUGUAUUAUGCUAUUUUAAGCUAUGGAUUAGUUUACCUAAUUAAAGCGCAGGGACCAGAGAAGUAAUGAGACUUGUGAAUCGUUGCUCUCUAUUCAAGUACAACAUGAAAAAAUAUGCAGAAUUUGUUCCUGGAUCUCAUUUUAAAUGAACAAAAGAAAAUAACAGGUAUAAUAUUUCUUCUUUGACAAAUUUGUAUAGAGUAUUUUCAUACAACAGCUUGCACAUUUUUAAAGAUAUGUUACAAUUAAACAAAAUUUCUACAAA